AUGGCAGAACGCCACAAAUUUCGAAAUAUGUACCUCAAGUGUAUUUUGCUACUUUCUUUGUUGAAUGUGUUAAGUGUUACUGCGCAAGAGGCAAAAAUCCAAGAUCUGGGGCAGCAAGAUAAUGUUGAAAUUAUCCCACGAGUGAAUAGCCCUGACCUGGGACCUGGUGCUGCAGCAGCAGAGGAAGCACCAAAUACCAAUAUUCAACCCACAGAUGCAAAUUAUGAUCCCAUGACAUCAAACAUAGCCCCUCAGGACAACGACCAAAGAGGCUUCUCAGGCACCCCCUACAUCAUCACCGAACAAAGGCUCCAGGAAAUCAGGAAGCACUUCAUGUACCCCUACUACGACAAAGGAGGCAACGCAGACAACACUGGGGACUACCAGAAGGAGAUUCAAGCCUCUACUGGCCAAGUGUACAAGAACCUGAAUUUCCAGCUACCUUUCUUUGGGUUCAGGUUCAACUACACCAGGGUCUCACUAAGUGGCUUUUUGGAGUUCAGUGACCCACCUCCUAACUACGAUUACCCCCUUACUUUCCCCAUCAAGGACUGGCCUAAGAAAAAUGAUCCCUCGUUUAUCGGUAUCUUCUUCAGCAAAUGCAAGAUCGGGAGGCUUAGGGACGAGGAUGUGGACAAAAGGGAACCGGGGGUGUAUUUCAGGAUGGAAAGGGAUUUGAGGACUAGACAGGACAGGAUGGGGGUGGAAAUGAGGGAGAGGCUCAAGUGGGAUAUCAAGGAGGGAGUCAUUGGCUCCGAUACGUUCGACCCGAAGCAUGCUAUAAUCGUCACAUGGAAGAAUGUUUCAUUCAAUGGAGGAUUUGCCAACGCUGUGUACUUGACCAACACCUUCCAAAUGGUGCUAGUGACAGACGAAGUGUUCACUUAUGCCAUGUUCAACUAUCUCAACCUGGAUUGGACCAGUCAUACCGAAGCUGGCGGAGACACCCAAAGGGGGGAGGGGGGUGUUUCUGCGUAUGUGGGUUUCAACGCAGGAAACGGCACCAGGAGCUACGAGUACAAACCGUACAGUCAAGAGUCUGUCAUCAGAGACCUGACGGCCACAGGGUUCGCGAACGGGUUCAAAGGAAGGCAUAUCUUCAGGAUAGACGAGAACAUUCUGCUGGGAAGCUGCAACAAAGAUAUAGAUGGUGCUAAUUUACCGCUCGUUUUUGCUCCUGAAAGUGGAAACAUGCUUGGCGGUACUGUGGUAAAUAUAACAGGACCUUGUUUCAACUUGGACGAUUCAGUCAAAUGCAAAUUCGAUGUGGCUGAUGAAAUAAAUGGUUAUGUGGUUGAUAAAAACAGAGCGAUAUGCAUCCAACCAAGAUUGUAUGCAGAGGGUUGGGUCAAUCUUCAAAUUGCUGUAGGACCAAAUGCUUAUAAAUGGAAAGGAAGGUACUACGUAGAAUCCCCAGCUAGUGCUUCUCAAAAAAUCUACUUCAAGGAUAAGAAAAUCCAUGAAAAGUCACCAAGCGAGCUGAAGAUCACUUGGGAAAAACAGAACUUGACCACCAACGAAAACGCCAAUAUUCGCAUUUCCUUGUGGGGUUACCGAGAAACCACCAUACACCCCACAUUUGUGUACAUUACAGACAUAGCUGAUAACAUUCAGAACACAGGAGAGUACACCAUCGUACCUUCCCAGUACAGAGGCAAAACCAACGAAUUUCUCACAGACAUCAAAUUCGGCUUCCUACAAAUAAACUUGACAGAGUCCAUAAAAAUCAAUACCUACACCACUACUCAAAGAACAAUUGACAUCACCCCCAUAGUGUGGAGCAGACCUAUACCUCUAGGUUGGUACUUCCAGUUUCAGUGGGAGAACUUGUAUGGGAAAAAUUGGCCCAAAUACCUUUGCGACGAUUGGCUGAGGACAGACAGAUACUUGAAGAACUUCGCUCACGAGCUGCCUCAGUGCCCAUGCACUGUUGAACAGGCUCUAGCAGACAAAGGGAAAUACAUGCCUGACUUUGAUUGUGACAAGGAUACGAAUCCUGUUUGCUACUACAACAACCAAGCGUUGCAUUGCGUGAAAACAGGAUCUCCAACAGCUGAGGGAGCUGAACAGCAAUGUUGUUAUGACAAAAACGGGUACCUCAUGUUGUCCUACGACCAACAGUGGGGUUCGAGUCCUCGCAGAUGUCAUAACCUCGGCAAAAUGCCUUACAACGAAGCUACGAAAGUUCCCACUUUGUCCCAAUGGUUCAACGACGUGGUUCCCAAAUACCUCUGCUGCCUUUGGCAAGAAGAACAAGCAGUAGGUUGUGAAACUUUGAGGUUUGAAAGAAGACCAACACAGGAUUGUGUAGCCUACCAAGCUCCAGGUCUCGCUGGAGUUUACGGUGAUCCUCAUUUCAUAACUUUCGAUGAUGUUGAGUACACGUUCAACGGCAAAGGAGAAUUCGUGCUGGUGAAAUCUGUCACUAAAUCCGAUAAUCUAGAGGUCCAAGGUAGAUUUGAACAGAUGGACCAGAAUGCUUAUGGAGAGGUUAAAGCAACUCAGCUGACAUCUAUCGUGGCCAGAGGCAACAACACGAUUGCUGUUGAAGUUAGAAGAAGGCCUUUGGAUGCUAGGUGGAGAUAUAGGUUGGACGUCAUUGCUGAUAACAAACGAUUAUUUUUUGACAGGCCGUCUUUGAAGUUUCAGCAUUUCCAAGGAGUUACAAUCUACACACCAACUUACAUUUUGAACCAAUCUGAAGUCAUCAUUAUGUUUGAUAAUGGCGCUGGUGUUGAAGUUCUUGAUAAUCAAGGAUUUAUGACAGCUAGGGUCUAUUUACCAUGGACAUUUAUA